AUGAUUGAAUUCUUGAAACAACAUACGUGCUAUGAUGUUUUACCAAUAAGCUUUAGGCUUGUUGUGCUUGAUACCGAGUUACCAGUCAAAAAGGCAUUGGAAAUCCUAGUGACAAACGGCAUUGUAUCAGCCCCACUUUGGUCGAGUCAAACACACUCUUUCGUUGGCAUGCUCACUGUGAGCGAUUUCAUCAGCCUGAUACAAUACUACUAUACCCAUCAAACAGACCAAAACGACAUUGAAACCAUGCGAUUAUCACAUUUUACAAAACACAUCAAGCAGAACUACCCCAUACAUCCAAUGACGACGUUAUACGAUGCUGCCAUCCUCAUGUCCAGCACAAGAGCACAUCGGAUUCCACUCAUGGACUCGAAAAAGGAAGUUGUCAGUGUCAUGACCCAGUAUCGAUUGAUGAAAUUCAUAGCAAACAAUUUUCAAAAUACAGCGUUGCUCAAUAUACCCUUAUCAAAACUCAACAUUGGUGUGUACGGCGAAUCAGUAGCCACAGCUACAAUGGAGACGCCUGUCAUUGAUAUCAUUACCACGUUUGCUGAAUUGAAUAUUAGCGCGGUCCCAAUCAUAGAUGAACACGGUACGGUAUUCAACAUGUACGAUACAAUUGAUGUCAUGAGCCUGGUGAGGUCAGAGAAAUACAGUGAUUUGGAUUUGCCCGUAGGCGAAGCACUGAAAUCGAGGCCGGAUGACUUUCCAGGCGUUUGCACAUGCACAAUGAGUGAUACCCUUCUGUCAAUAUUCAAAGCUAUACGGAAAAAACGAGUAUACCGUCUUGUAGUGAUUGAACCGACAACAUUCAAACUAAUAGGACUAUUAAGUAUAUCAGAUAUAUUGGGCUAUCUUGUUAAGCAUUAA